GCUUGUAUUAUGCAGCGGCGCUCGCAAUGUCAUCGAUCGGGGGCAAUGCAGAAGGAAGACAGAGUGUGCGGCCAUCUGCAUUGGGUCUAACUUAUUGUAGGUAUGCAGCGCUCCAGCAGCUGAGACUGCCGGGUUAGAUGGGAGUUUGAUGCUAGCAGCAUGUUAGACAAGUGGCACCAAAAAGUCAAUACUCAUAGAUAGGAGAGACUGUUCGUGUGGUUGGGGGCCUAUAAAAUAAACGCCCUUGUAGACGUCCUUCUCAAUCGCAGUCCCCAGGACGCACACAGCCUUCCUGUCUUCCACCUCAAUGACGUCCCUGAGCUGCCACCUUGGGGCUUCUGCCAGAGCAGCUGCGUUGAUUCCAACAGAAUGCCAGGGUCAGCGAUUGGUACUUGAAUGUCCUUUCAGUACUCUGCAGCUGAGCGUCUAUGAGCUUCCAAGCCCCUCCAGUGCUUUCAGAAAAGCGCGAAAGUUGCGGCGGCGAUACACAACGGGCAGCGUACGUCGCUUCAGUCAUUUAAAGCUCCGUUGGCAUCAAAUCAAUGCCUCAACAAACUGCUCUAACCAGGAUAAGCAUGGCGCUGAUAGGCCCACUCGAGUCAGAGCUGGUUCUCAGGAGAAGUUAGACCAAACUCCCCCCUCUCAGCCAACCAGUUCAUCCGAUGAAGGGGUGGUGGAAGAAACAGAGUCAGAAACAAGCAUCCAGGGAGUUGUGCGCCCACUCAUUCUCUUUCUUGCGCUGCGCACGGGCUGCGAGAUAUUGGGGCUGCGGUUUGUUGCUGAGCUGUCAGGACAGCCGCUCACGAGCUUGGACCCCAAUCUGAAGGCAACCUUCAUGCUGUUACUUGCGGUUCUUGAAUAUACUGGCACCUACUUCCUGUUUGUGGCGCCCGGGGGAACAGCUCAGAGUGCUCUCGGUCGGCUCAGAAAUGACAGGUUCCGCCCGCAGCUUGUACUUGGCAAGGAAGGCUGGCUAUAUCCAGCUUUGGUAGGGACUGGGGUCCUUCUUCUGGUCCCCACCGCCUCUUUUCUCUCCUCGUAUGUCGACCAAAAUGAGGGGUUGGAUUUAGAUAGUUUUGGGAAAUUUCUAGAGAAUGCAAUUGGCACAGGAGGUGUAUAUAGUGCCUUGAUAAGUUUCAUUCUCGUGAGUUUUUCGAGCCCUCUUGUUGAAGAAGCAGUCUUCAGGGGCUUCUUCCAGAGCUCAUUGCGAGAGCUGAACAUGUCGUCGAGGGGAGCGAUUGUGGUGAGCUCCAUAGCAUUCAGUGUAGCCCAUUUAGAUUCGAGGUCCUUUGUGCCAUUAUUUAUCCUCGGGUUUGUUUUAGGUACAGUGUACGAUGUGAGCGGCAAUCUCUUUUCGCCUUUCGUUGUUCACGUUGUAUACAACAGCGUGGUGACACUGCUGGCAGCUGCUUUGGAAAGACACGGAUAGAUUUGAGGCAAGCUUCUGAUUUGCCAUGUACAGAAUUCUCUAAUAUAAUAAAUUCUUACUAACA